AUGAUGACCGUUGCAGUUCUAUUAUUGAGUUUAUUAUUGAGUGAUUUAACAACAAGUCAAAUUCCAAAUCCUACUCAGUAUCGAUUCACCUUGACAACUGAUGGCAUUGCUCGAGAACGUUAUGCUAUCGAUAAGCAAGUAGGCAAAAUGUCUCGUUUAUGGUUCUCGAAUACUGGUGAUGAAGAAUUUGGUGGCAAUCAAAACAUAUAUGUACGUGAUGAUGGUCGCACGUAUUUGUUUAAUUUCAUGUCGCAACCACGACAAUGUAUUGCAAAUAGAGGUGGUCCAUACAAUGAAAUGAAUUAUUGGCCAAAUCUUGUUCAAUCAUUUGGUGGUGAACAAAAAAAAUAUGAUGAGCUAAUAUUUGAUGCUGAUUGUGAUGGAACUUGUCUAACUUGGAAAACUGAAUUUAAUGGAACAUAUGAGCAUUAUCGUUAUGUGAAUCGAUUAUAUGUCAAAAAAGCAGAACAAAAACCAAUCAAAAUGGUUACGAGAGCAUAUAAUCUGGACACAGGAGAAUUGGUGUCAACAUCUAUUACGAAAUUUACCAAUUGGAUUACAGGCAAAGUACCCGAUUAUGAAUAUGAUUAUCCAAUGGAUUUGGAAACAUGUUACAAACCAUAG